CCGCGAGCCGAGCUGUGGGGGCGACAAGAUGGCGGCGGAGACUGUGGAGCUCCAUAAGCUGAAGCUGGCUGAAUUGAAACAAGAAUGCCUGGCCCGUGGCCUGGAAGCAAAAGGGAAUAAGCAGGAUCUGAUCAACAGACUCCAGGCCUACCUGGAGGAGCAUGCUGAAGAAGAGGCAAAUGAAGAAGAUGUCCUGGGAGAAGAAAUAGAGGAAGAAGAGCAGAAACCCGUAGAGCCACCCGUCAAAGUAGAAGAGCCUCCUGUAAAAUCGCCUGAUGUGAGUACAGAGAAGAAAGUAGUGAAAAUAACAUCGGAAAUAUCACAGAUGGAGAGAAUGCAGAAGAGGGCUGAACGCUUUAACGUGCCUGUGAGCCUGGAGAGCAAGAAGGCAGCACGUGCAGCUCGGUUUGGUAUGGCCACAGUUUCAACUAAAGGCCUCUCUGCAGACAGCAAACCUACGGUAAACAUGGAUAAAUUAAAGGAAAGGGCUCAAAGAUUUGGGUUGAAUGUCUCUUCGCUCUCCAAGAAGAGUGAAGAAGAUGAGAAACUGAAGAAGAGAAAGGAGCGGUUUGGCAUUGUAACAAGUUCAGCUGGGGCUGGAGCUACAGAGGACACAGAGGCAAAGAAGAGGAAAAGAGCAGAACGCUUUGGGAUUGUCUGAUGCCAGUCCGUUUUAGCUUCAACCCAUUUGCAGUGUGCCUCUUGAGUGCGUGCAUUCUCUCUCUCUCUCUCUCUCUCUUCUCUUCCCCCCCCAGUUUCUCUCACUCCCUCACUCUCCCUUUCUUUCUCUAGGUCUUAGUAAUGAGUAGACAGGGAUUCCCUCAUAAUUGUAUGAUUGUGCUACUUACUUUUUCAAAUUACAAAUUUUUAAAAAGAUAAGAUGUAGAGCAAAAAGAAGGAACUGUUCUUUUUGCAUCUUUGGUAACUUGGAGUCCUGUGGUCUGGUUCUGUUUCCAGCUGCUUAUGUGGUCAUUUACAACAGUUCAUGCCAGAUGUAUUGUCCGUCUGGAUUAGAUGGAGAGUGUCCUGGUGCCCUCUGAACGCUACUAGAAAAUGUCUGUGCCAGGAGCAGGAGAGAAUUGAAUUCUGCCUGUUAAAUAGAUGGGCAGAAAGAGCUACUAUAGGCCCUAAAGGGCCUGCUAUAUGAGGAGAAAGGGAAAAAUGUUCAGGAAUAAAGAUAGAGCAGGGUUUAUUUUGCCCUUGGCAGUUGCUUUUCUGGUUUGAGAAUUCUAGUUAUGCUGCUAAAGCAAGGAACUAUUUGAAGCAUUGCUCUCUUUGUCAGUUUGUUUUGGUACUGUUUCCAUCUCUGACUGCCUUGGUCCUCUGUUGCUUUACUUGUGAAAAUGGGCCUUAAGGUUCAGCUGUAUCAUAUUCUCUUCCCAGCAGCUAGGGCAAGAACACUCUUUAUCCUGAGAGCACAAUGCGUUAACCAAGCUCUGCUUUGGAUCUCUGGUGUUUUACCUCCUAGCUUGUCUGAGAUCCAUCAGGUUCAAUGUCAGGAAAGGGUUUUCUCUAGUAUUAUUGUCUCAUGUUCUCAAAAAUGGAAGAGUGGCAUUUUUGAUAGCCAGCACAGAGUGCAGUUUCAAGACUGCCUUCCUUCCCGCGGUAAAGCUAGUGGGAAGUUGUCAGAGCAAGAGUUGCUGAUUAACCUUAGAUCAAGACUGGUAUCCUAAAAUAAGGAGGAAGAAGGUAGCAAUGCAUUUGUAAAUGGAGCCUGUUCUGACUGCUUCAUUCAUCCUGCCUCGUUAGGCCCUCUGUGGCUCAUGGCGUUCCAUACGUGUUUUCCUGGUUCCCUUAAGGUCAGUGAUGCAUUUCUCUCCUUUAAAAAGCAAUCAGUCAAACAAACAAAACCCUGUUUAUUCUCAGACUGGAUUUUAUUUUGUCGUCUUCUUGCUUCAGAAUAACUGUCGAGCUGGAUAACUCACAGACUUGCUGAAGAAGCCUCAGUCUUCUCCAAGCUGCCAGACAGUUCAGGAAAGCUCCGGUGUUAUCCUAGGACCUGUGUUUUAAAAGUGUGCAAGUUCUUGGUAGCUGUGUAGGAACACAGUUCCUUCUGCUGCAUUAACUGUAACUGUUUCAGUGAAAUUGCAGAAAAAUUGGCGAAGUCGCAUGAAAGGCAGCAUUGUCACAACUUAAGUGCUUUUAGUUGCUUUUAGUGUUUCAAAUGACACCUCUGUUCUUAGGGAGAUGUGAAGAACAAUUCCUCGUAUUAGCCUGCAUAAGUGGAAGAAGUGGCAGCAGUGGAGAAGUGUAGGACCCUGAAGCCAGUUGCUGUUUGAUCAGCAAUGCAGCAAUAGUGAGGGAAGCUACAUGGUGCCCUUUCUUCUGCCUACUUAGAGAAUGAGUUCUACUUGCAAGCAUACAUUCCUGCUACGUCUUCCAUCUUGUGCAGUGCUUUCCCUCACACUAAUACCUCGGCCCCAGGUAUAAGUAGAAAUUUAUUAUCUUCUUGAAUUUUUAGAUUGGCAUUUUGGCCGAAAUCCUGUUGUCUGAAGACUUGUGUCCUUGGAUUUUUAUUUCUGACCAUAACCUCUUGUUGGAAAGAUGUUUGCAUUGUCCAUCCUUGGUUCCUUAAGAUGCUAGAGAACAGUGGAUGUGUCUACAAAUGAAGCUUUUCAGAGGCUUAUACCUGACUCUUAAUAAGCAAUAGAUAUAUAUAUUUUUUAAUGUGGCAGUCUUCAAACUGCUUCUGUUCCAUUAAUGUUUGCAGUCUGACUGCAUAUGUGUGCCCUCAGUGACUCUAAGCAAUACCUUGGACGUUUGUUUACUUUGCCAAAGGGCAGCUAAAAGCCACGGGGUCCGGGUUACGUUGUGUCUUGGGUUGUCAGUGGCUGAGUGAAUCGAAGCUCCCUUGCUCUUUCCUGAUUUAAUGUAAUAACUUUAUUCGGAUUGGUUUUGUUUUGUAUGUCAGAUUUUGUAAGAUGUAUUUUCUAUUUGGCUCAUGAUCUUUUUGCUCGUUAUUUGCUUGAAAUGUUUUGUAGUGUGCCAGGGCAAACACUGCAUUUCAUUCUUGGUUUCAUAAUAAAACUGCUUCUUUAAGACAA